AUGCUCAACUUCUUCUUGAGGCUAUGAAGCAGUCUGGUUGCACUGUCUUCAAUGACCGGCACUUCUCGUGUGAAAACUGUGAUGGCUGUGUCAGUGGAGGUUUUGAUUCUGCCACAUCUCAGAUUGUUCUGUGUCAGAACAACAUUCGCCAGCAAUCCCAUAUGAACCGUGUGGUCACACAUGAAUUGAUUCAUGCUUUUGAUCACUGCCGUGCACAUGUUGACUGGUUUAAAAAUGUUAAACACUUAGCAUGUUCCGAGAUUCGAGCUGCUAAUCUCAGUGGAGACUGUACACUGAUGAAUGAAAUAGCCAGGUUUAAGUUUGGAUUAAAAGGACACCAUCAGACUUGUGUACGAGACAGAGCAAUUCGUUCCAUUCUGGCUGUUAGAAAAGUUAGCAAAGAAACGGCAGAAAAAGCUGUGGAUGAAGUUUUUGAUGCCUGCUUCAAUGAUCUGGAACCUUUUGGAAGAAUCCCGCACAGUAAAACAGAUGCAAAACGUGCUUAUAAAGACUUUCAGAACAGAGAUCGCUAUAAUGCUAAUUUGUAAAGGAAAAAAAUGUGAAAAAUUACGUCUUGUAACAUCUGGAGUUACAGUCCAUGCAUACAGUGCUGGUUGAAAGGGCAAUUCUAUCAAAUGUAUCAAUUAAUUUUGUAUACUUUUUCCAGGAGCCGACUUCCAUGGAAGUAAAAAAAGUAAAUGAACAAGACUUAAAACCGUGCUUCCUCACCUAUUAUUUUGGCAAGAUAAUUUAGUACACCAAAUGGCUUGUCAAAUCUGCACAUUUCAAUGCACAUUUAAUUCUG